AUGAAUGCUAAAGAGAAUAAAUUUUCAGAAGAUGAAAACAAGUCAAAGAGCAAACGCCGAUCAGUAAAACAGCAAAUUGCAUUUUAUGAGACCUUGAAAUCGGAGGGGCCAAUUUCCCAAAAAGACGAAGAUGACGAUUACAAAACUUUCGAUGAAAGCCGUACAGUAGACGAAAAGCGGGAAGAAACUAAACGAUCUUCAGACGAAGGAGAUGUUAGCCAAAGACAGGCCGUACAACUAACUGCUUCAGACGGUUUUGAUCUCAAGAAAGGAUCUCAGCAUACAAUAAGUCUUCAAGAUGAUAUUGAUACGGGUAAACAACCAUCUGUAAGCAGGCUGAUCGGCGCUUUUGAAGAAGCAUCUAUAUCAAAGACCUCUUAUGCAACGGACGACAAAGCGAAUGGCAAAAGAAGAGCAGAAACAAAGGAACAGAAGUUUCAAGAAGAAAUUUUUCGAACAAGAAUAGUGUCUCCCGGGGCAUCAAAAAUCGAAACAGCUUCAAAAGAAUUUGAAAGUUUAAAAGAUUUCAAAGAUGAUACGGGGUACAUUCCAUAUCCAAAACAUGAACAACAACAGGUAUCACCGGAAGAAAAAGUGACGGCCAUUACUUACGGCCAUGAAAAAACAUCUCCUCUUGUUGAGCCUUCAAAGGACACUAUGGGAGCGAAAGAUUUAAAAAUUUUGCCGACAGAAAGCAAACGAAGCAAACUGACGUACAAGGAAACUGGUUUUUUACCAGAAGAAAUAGAACACGAAACAACAAAAUUAGAAUUAGAAGAGAUAGGAACUGUCCCGAAAACUAUCUUGCAUGACGUCAGAAAGGGACUGGACAUCUCAACUAAAGAGUACCAAACAUUAAAACGACCAGAACCAGAACCAAUAGAGAUAAAAUGUUUAGCUAAGGCAGAGGAACUUUCUUGCAUAAAGCUGCCAGAAAAACCAUGGAAAAAAAUCCCAACCGAGGGGAUCACUGCUGAAUUUGAGUUCCAAAAAAAGCAGCUUAAAAGCGGUGAAACCGAAGUCAGUAAAGUACCUGCAACUUAUACAUCAGAUAUUUUUCAUUCAGUCGUAGAAAAGCCCAUAACUUAUGGUGAACCUAAGAGUUAUAAAGCAAAGGCAACUUCUCCAGCCGCUACUGACAAACAUAAAGAAUUAUUCGGAUACAAAGGACAAAAGAUCAUAGAAGAAACUGAAGAAAUUAUUAAAAAAGAUGGACUAUUUCAUUCCGUUCACGCAGCACCGGAACGAGAUUUGCCAUAUACAGAAGAAUAUGAAAGAACCCACAUAGCUGGUUUUGGGGAAAGCGAAGUUGAGAAACCAGUUGAGCUAGUGCGAAAAGAAGUAGAAAUUGUAUCAAAUAAACCUCUAGACGAAGGGAUGAUGGUGGACAGUAAACUUGAAGUAAGUCAUUUUAAAAUUACUUUGCAGCCAGAUGAAUCAUAUAAAACUCAUAAAAUCCUUCAACAGGAACAUCUCGAAGAACAUUAUGACAACUAUUUACCAAGCACAAUUAUCGAAGAGCGCGGCAUUAGUCCGCGGGAUAUUACCGUUGAUGUAACCUUUGACCAAUUACCUCAGUCAGAAGCAGAAACGGAGGUUAGAAAUGAAGGGGUAAAGAAGCACUUUUCAAGCUUUUUUCAAGCAUAUGAAGAAGAAAAACAAUCCCAGUUUGAGGACCGAGUUCCUCAGCCACACCCUGAGUUAGAGUUGAAUAAGUUAGAAGAUAUCCCUUACCAAAAGCUUCCCAAGUCUGAGAAGAAAGUAGCAGUAGAAUCUUCAGCAUUGGGCGGUGAAACCGAAGAGAGCCCAUUUUUUGCAGCAGUUUAUGAAGAACUCCCGUCUUACACCACACUUUCUGCAGAAAGCAAAAUUACUUCAACGGGACCUGAGCGAGAGGAUCAGGGCAAAUAUCAACCCGACUUUAGCGAACACUUUGAUGAACCAUAUUCAGAGUCUUUAAUUAGGGACGAAGAAAUACCCGAAGAGUCUUUGGUCAGUUCUUCAUGUUCCGAAAAACCGGUAAAAGAACCUCGGACCAGUAUGGAGGAAGAAAGCGCUGUUUCUUAUUUUGGCAAAAAGAUUUGUAACGCUUCAGAGUCAGAAGUAUUUCAAGGAAAUGAGGUUGCAAUUGAAAGGAAGGAACAUCCCGGCGAUUUGUUUACGAAAUUCGUGUUAGAAAGGAACAUUGAAGUAUGCGAUCAACCCCCCAUCAAGCUUCCAACAGUACAAAACGUUGAUUAUAUUCCAGGGACCAUAGAGUACCUAAAAGGAAGUACGCCAAGACCAGAUGAGAAGGAAGAACAGUCUGCCUCAAACUUGCCAAUACACGAAGAGCCAGUUUUGGAACGACUAGAAACGGAACAAGAACCUGCCGAACCACAUUCUCAGUCCGCAGCCGAAACAGAAGUGAAAGUAUCCACUGAAGUCCCAACUGUGCUGUCACCUCUAAAGUCCGAAAAGUCAGGAUCGGGAAUUAAGUAUGAGGAAUUAUUAGUGACUCAAGGAGAACAUCAGAGAAUUAAAGAAUUUACCUCUCAGAUGCCUGAGAAAGCCUUAACUACUACUGAACUGCCGCUUUACAAAGAGCAGGCUUCUGGAUGGGCGGAAACUGAACAACAGUCCGUAGAGCCGUUUUCGGAAGCAGUGGUGGGGAGAGAUGAAGACCUGUCGCAGGAAAUACAGACCACCUCUACGCCUGCGAAAAGUACCACCGAAAUUCAGAAAAUAGAGGCUGCAGAAGAAACUACAACGUAUGGGCAGGGGGUCGGAAAGAUAGAACCAGAAGUGCGAUGCGGGGGAACAACUGUACAGACUUCUAUAGAAAAAAAAUUCGAAAAACCGGAAAGAGAAGUAGAAAAAACAGUAGAAAUUUCAAUAAGUGGCAAAGAUGAUAGAAUUUUUGAAAAAGUGCACUUUAGAAAAGUAAAUGAGCAAAUCAGUUCAACUCAGCAAGAAACAAUUCAAAAAGAAGCAGAAACUAGCAAAGAAUUUUCUGAUGUGCCGUACUCAGCAACAAAUGUGUAUGAGAGGGUUUCCGAUGAGGAACCUGCUACAACAUCUAUCUCAUUAGCACAGGAAGAUUUUAUCAGACCUAGCAUAAUACCAGAAAAAACUUUUUUCCCUUCAAAACCAUUUGAAGACGUAAUGAACUUGCCGAAAACUGUUGAAUGCUCCACAAAGCUACAACUUUACGAUGAAAAGGAAACUGCACAGACCGAAUUGAGGAAAGGAAUUACAGAGCCGUAUUCUGAAAGUGUACUGAUGGUUUGUGAAGACGUUUGUCAGACAACAUCUUUGAGUAAAACUUUUCCGGAGGAGAAGUCGGAAUUGACAACCGCAAAGAGAACAACUGAAGAAGUUCUGUCAACUGAAAUGAAUGAGGGCGUUUCUGAUGCCCUUCAAAAAGCCUACGUGCCUACUACGCCCCUUGAACAAGAACAUUUCGGUUCCCUGACUGGAUCACAAGUGGUAUCAAUUUAUGGUCUUGAAGAAAGUGUAUUAGACAAACAUUCAGAAUUGCCGCAUGAAAUAUUACAAGUCGGAGCCGAAACGGAACGUUACAAUGAAGAAGCACCUUCCAAAUCAAUAUCAAGCGAAGGUUCUUCCAAGGUUCCUAAAUUGAAGAAAAAUGAUUUUUACGAUUCAGAAAUGCAGCAAGAUGAGGAGGAAACAAGUUGGUUGGACAAGCGGCAGGAGAUUAGCGAAAAAUCGCCAGAAAUUUUGGAGUCUUCAACAGCUGAACCUGCGGUUACUUCUGUCUUUAUCCAACAGAGAGAUAAGCAGCCAGAGGAAAUCGUUCCUCCCAUGGUGCGGCCAAUAGAAACUUCAAAAAUAACUAAAGAGUUUGAAAAAAUCCGCUACAGUACUACAACAGCAACUUCUGAUGAAUCGCUUCCGAAACAGGUAGAACUUAUGCAUAAGCCUGUGCAGGAACAUCCCGAAGUAAGGUCAGAAGAGCAAAUAAUGUCCAACCAGAUCCCAAUUAGCAUACCAGUUAUAGAAGAAAAGAGUGAAAUUAUUAGCAGUAGCAUGACAUUUGAGAAAGUCCGGUCUAAACCAGACGUGUCUUCACCAACAACGGAAAGAGCAGAGAGUGCAUUUAUUGAAUUCCGAGAAGACAUAGAAGCAUCAGCAUCUGACAGAGAAAGUAAACUACGGUAUGAGCACAGUGACGCUCGUCCAGAACAGUGGUCGAAGGAAGAGCUUAUUCAGGUGAUACCGUACCCUUCUAGUAUAAGUGAGGAAAAAAGAGAUUUGGAAGAAGAAACCGUUUGUCUAGCUGAAAAGCCCCCGUUGAAUUUAGAACGAAAAGAUGAAUUUUCAGCGAUUUCUGAGCGGGAAAAAGAAGAAAUAGUGGACAGGGCGAUAGACGAUCUAAUCUUAGACGAGCAGCUUGGCGGAACACUCACGAAGAUUGCAGAUAGUCAGAGUGAACUUUUACCAGACAAUUUCACUAGUUCUUACCCGAGAGAUCACACUGCUGAAAGGCAGCUGUUCGACAGCGUGCCGCCUGUUUUUGGAACUUCUGACGAACAACCACUAAAAUUAGCGGAGAAAGGCGAACUGACAAGUUCUGAAAGCUCAGCCGAUACAACGAUUAUUGUAAAGUCUUCUGAAGAUGGAAAAACAAGCCCCAUCGUUCAGUUUACUGAAACUAAGGCGGUUGCCCCCGAAAUGACCACAACAAUUCAAAAAGCACCAGAAGAAGCACAAAUCAGUUUAUACGAGGAUAAAAAAGGUGAAAGGUACGAGCCAGAUGAGGAGUAUUACAAAAAAAACUAUUUUCUGGAGGAACCCGAAGUUUCUUACGAGGUGCUUGAUACGCCACUACCAAUAACCGGUGAAAUUCAGAAUGUCUACUUAACUUCACAAAAACCUACAGAUAAUGAACUUAUAUUAGAAACUAAAAAUGGAAAUAAUGCUCUAUUUGGUGCUCCAAAAAUAGAUAUUUAUGCAAAAUCUUCCGAUGAAAAAGUUUUUGAGCCUUCAACAGAGGAAACACUCAAAAUGGAGGAAGAACUCUGCGAGGAACCUAUUUUACUGUAUGACCAGCACGAGCAAGGAGUUGCAGACACAAAACUUAAGGCUACCCUUGUUUUUAAUGAACCCACUGGAGUACUUUCUGAAGAGCCUGUCAGUACAAAAACAAGGACUUCCGAAGAGGUAACUAUGGAACUAGCGGAGCCCAAAAAAACUCUAAAGGAAAUAUUUUCAAAAACAGAUGAAAAUCUCUAUCCUGCGGUAGAAACUGAAAGAGAAUCUGCAGUGUUAGAGGAAAAUGAAUUUGUGGCAAGCCAACAAUACGAAGACGGAAAGAAGGAUUUCCCGCACGCAAAGAUUAAACUGACUAAGAAAGAAGAAAAUGAGCCAGAAUUUUACUCAGAAACGAAAGGAACAGGGCGUAGUGAUGCAGAUUCCACAUCUUCAGAACAGCUUGAAAGUGGUUUUAUUUUGCCAUCAGAUGCAGAGUUCCAUUACCCUUCAGAGAGCCAAGAAUUUCUUAUGACUGAAAAAGAAUUAUGCACAGUAACAGGUCCAACCAGCAGUAGUACUGGCCCAGAUGAGCAAACUAGAGUUUCCAAGGCAGGAGGAGCGAAAUUAGAGAAUGUUAAAGCAACAUCUGAAAUUGUACGUCGACAACAACUGGAGGAAGCAACUGAGCUGCAAAGUUCGACAACAAGUGAUCUGGCUGAUUUUGAUAGAGUGAUUUACAUGCCUAAAGCAAAGGCAGAUGAGCUUGUUAACUACAUCAACGAACAAAUAGAGAAAGCAAAAGAAGAGGACGAAAGAGACGAGCAGUUGUAUCACUUUUCGCAAAUGCACGAAUAUAGAGGAGCUUUAGCUAAAGAAAGACUAUCAGAAACAAUAGAUUCUUUGGAAGCAUUUGAAAGCGAAUUGUCUGUUUCAGCAAGCCCUGAAAAUGCUCCCCCACAUUUUGAGACCGAUAAUGCCAGUCAUCUAGAAAGUGAUGUCCAGUCUCAAGUGGACGGACUAAAAAAGAGUACAUUACUUAGUGAAGAAUUUACAACUCCAACGCCUCCCUCGUCGCCAAUAAGCACGGGGAAGAGAGAACCUUCAGAAGACCAAAAGUAUUUUGAGCCAGGUGCUCGCCCAAAAAAACAAGUCGUUACGGAUAGUACUGGUGAUUUAGAUGAAACGGAAGAAUAUUCAAAAAUGGUUCGAAAAAAGUUUUCUUAUCCUGGAGAGUGCAAUCAAAAAAAUGCUGAACGUGAUUUUCUUCAAAGAGACAUCACUGAUGAAGAAACGGGCACAACAGCAAAACAAGGUGAAGAGAGUUCGUGGCUCAAGGAACAAGUUGUUGACAUUGCCAAAAAAACUGGGCUUGUUGCCACUGGGAUUGCCUUAGCACCUGUAGUGGCUGCAACGUAUACUGUCACUAGCGCUUACAGAGGAGUUAUGGAAACCUUCAAAGGCCAGGAACAGCAUGAAGUGAAAACAGGAGCUGAAGAAGAAAUUCAACCAAAAAAGUGGGAAUCGUCAGGUGGAGAUGCAGACGCGGUCAAAUCGUCUGAUGAUGCUUACUUGACGUUUGGCGAAGCAACACAAGAAAGAAAAACUGUACCCGAAGAGCCAUGGAACGAAAACAUAGAAGAUAUGACCAUGACGACAAAGAAAAACCAAAUUCCCCAGCCUCCACAGUCUAAGGAACCUACAGUAGAUCUAGUCCACAGAAUUGAAAAAAUUGAACAAGGAAGUGUAGUCGAAACAGACAUUCGACGACAACAGAGUGAAACAAAAGAGAUAAUAAAACCGAAGGAGCCCGGAGAGCUAGAUACGGCAAGACUUACGGAGAACGUCUUGCAAUACGAAAUGGCGAACAAAACACAUGAAUUCCAUCCACAAGUUUCAAUGACAACAGAAGCGCUUAAAACCUCACAAGAGAAGAACAAGAAGGAAUUCAUGGAAAAACCUCUAGAACAACACAUUCUUGAACUAGAAGAACUCACAGCCGAAUCUGAACAGCACAUUUUGACGAAAACGCGGGUAAUACAAAUUUCAGAAGAACAAAGUGAGAUUAGUGUAAAGAAGCCUCUACAAGAGGACAUUCCUCAGCACGAGGAACAUAGUUUUAUGGAACCUCAGCCAGACGAGCGCACUCCAAAGAUGGACGAAGAAAAGUACGACGCACCUGAAUCUGAAGUGGAGGUCAUGACGACAACGCGGGCGCCAGAAAUUUCAGAAGAA